AAAAGCCAAAGCUAACCGUUUACUAAAGUUUGGAGAGUGAUCGGAAGAAAUUUGGAUCGGUUAUGUCGUUUCAUUUGAUAAUCUUAUGAACGAUUCACCUUUUGGUCUACGAAAGAAGCUUUGACUUGUGUGAUAAAUGAAGGCUGAUACUGUUCUUGACUAUGCAGUGUUUGAGCUUUCGCCAAAACAUUCUCGAUGUGAAUUGUUUAUAUCGAAUUUGUUCAAUAUGUUAAAAUUCCGGAAGUGGAGGAAAGAGUCAAUACAUUUGAUUUGGAAAUCUCACAGUUGGAAGCAGCUCGGACAUUAUAUUCUCAAGGACUUAACCACGGCGAUUGCGCAAGCGUCAGUUAAUAGUUUUGACCCUCAAACUGUUUCUGAUCUCCAACAUUUGGAUGAAGCAUGCGGCAAAUAUAUUUCACUACCGCAAAGAAGGCCAGACCUGAUCACCAAGAACCUGAAUACCAAUGCACAAACAUUAGUCAACAUCGAAAAAAACUCAAACUCUGGAGGAACCAAACGGAUGGUUGUUGCGAAAUCCACAGAAUUGAAGAGACUUUCCGCUGAUGUCUCAUCAACUGCUCAUGCACUCCCUGAGAAGUCUGUUUUGAGAGGAUGGAGUAUUGUUAGUGACGUGGCCUUUGAUUUUACAAUGGAGAACAAGAAGUCUGAUAGUGGUAGCAACGAAGAAGAGAGAAAAGGAGAGCUAUGGUUCCAAAUCCUACAAUGUGGCACAAUCAUCAUGUUUCCUUAUCGUCGUUCCCGAUCUCGAUCAGCUCAUAUAGCAGGUGGUAUUGAUAUCAAAAGUGAUGAACGUCAUUCAAAAGGCAGGAAGAAAGAGCUGUUUCCAGAAGACGAGAAACAAGCCUUAUUCUCCAAAACCAGUUUCUGCAGGAACUAUCAGCUCAAUAGCAUGGAGAAGAAAGCGGAUCCCGAGCCAUCGACUCAUCGUUUGAGAUUCUAGUAAACCCAGGUCGAUCAGGUGUGCAACUCUAUCCUUUUCAAACUUUCCUUGUUGAUAUGCUUUCUGAUAUCUUCUCUUCAAUUUUUUAUUUUCCUGGUUUAUUGCUUAUUUUACAUAGAAUAUGUUUAAUAGAUCAUUUCAUCUAUU